AUGCCGCGGCCCUCUGGAACGACACCGGCUGGCCCACUUCCCGCACCUCCGGCCUCCUUCGCAGCACAGCCUCCACCGCCGCCUCUCGCACCUCCUGCGCUUGCGUCACAUACAACUUCAUCAGCCACCCCUGCUCCUGCGCACACCGCUCCACGAGCCGCUGGACCACCGCCUCCUCGUCUCACGAAUCACUACAUCCGGCGCUUGGUCGCUGAGCCAGGCAAAGCCUGCUUCGUCUGCUCUCGUCCGACACCAGUCGUCCUCGUGUCUACGACGGCGGGAGCAGACGACUUCUUCUACGCCUGCAGGUCGCACCUCAGCGACCGUCAUUUCGCAACUCUCACUGCUGGACCAGGUAGUAGCGGUAGUGCUGCCGCUAUCAACACCGCAUCUGAUGCGGGACGCCUGCCGGACAAGGUGAGCAAGGAGGAGAUCGACAAGAUCAAGAAGGAGUACGAGGAGAAGCAAAAGGCCAAGGAGGCAAAGAAGAAGGAGGAAGGAGACAAAGCGGAAGGCAAGGACAAGGACAAGGACAAGGAUCAGAAGGACGACAAGUCUCAGCAGGGCUGGCUGUCCUACCUUGCAACAUCUCUCAAGGAUGCGACCAUAUCCUCCCCAUCUUCCCAGACGACAGAAGCCGAUAGACUCGUCUCGGCUCGCACAGCAUCGGCAUCGGUGGAACCAUCGUCGUCACAGUCGCAGCCAAAGGGUCACGAGUACUACACCCUUCACCGCUCCUUCUACGCGAUGCGGGUGGAUCUCAACGACAGGAAGCAAGCGACGAGGAGGGCAAAGGAGCUGAACUUCCCCAGCGUUCCCAGGGCUUGA